AUGGCGUCCAAAGCAAGUGAAGUAGGAGCGCGCUCGCACAGACCCAUGAAUGAUGAAAAUAUCGCUGACGCACUAAAUGAAUCUGAAUUCGACUAUUCGAGUGAUGAUUCAGAUUGUGAUCUGACCUUCAAACCUCCGGAACUCGACUGUCAUGUUGUUGCAAUUGGUGCUAAUGAUUCCGAUACGGACAUUACAGACUUGGAUGAUUCAGAUAUUGCUACUAUCUGA